CUUUCAUCACACCUUAAACCAUCCACUACAGAGAAUACAGCCCAACACGCGAUUGCGCAACCGUUUUUGAAGGAAAACCGAGUCGCAAACUUCCCACCGAGCCCCAAGGAUCUCGUGAAAGCACCAGUAUUUUCUGUGGCAUCUGCAAUCAAGUUCAACGAAGUGCGCCAAUAAGAUUACCCCACCAAGAAGCACCAUCACAGGAAGAACCUUAAAUACCAAACACAUUCGAGGACUUCCAACCAUUUCCGCAGUUCUCCGAGGGACUACAACUCGUGUAGCAUGUCUCCUCCACAAUCUGGCCAUGCGCCAAACUUGAGCGUCUUCAAGAAAUCCCUCAGGGCGCAAUCCCUCGAAUCAUCCAUCGAAAACCUAAUUUCGUGCGUUGCGAUCUCUCCCAAACGACGUGCGAUGGUUAACAUGUAGCAGGCUUUUGAAAAGACGGCAGAUUAAGAAUUCCAGGCCAUGUGCCAUUGCAACCGCAGAAUUACUUUUGCGAGUGGUCGCGAGAUUCAGAUGGACCGAUAUUGGCAAACUUCUGGCCCGGAUCCAGGAAGUUGGGCAGCGCCUCAUCCAAGCCCAGCCAAGGGAGAUGGUCGUGGGAAAUAUAGUACGGCGAGUGUUGGGUAUGAUCAGAGAUGAAGCAAAAGAGGAUAGGCAUGAGGAUAUGAGCGAUUCGGCGUCAAAUAUGGGCUCUCCACACCGUCGACUCGAACGUGCGACUCUCAGCGGACUCCGUGACCAACCCCCGCCUACAUUCAGUCCUUUGAGAUUGGAUUCCUCAAAAACAACCCCACCAACAAUAAAUACAGAUAAAGAUAGCGACGAUGUCUUUGGGAGCAGUGUGGGAGGGAGCAGACCCCAAUCAAGCCAUCGCCCACCCAUGUUGACUUCACAUCCUUCGUAUGCCCAUUUGAAUGGAAUUCCAGUUCAGCAAUCAAUGUUCAAUUUACUGUCUGCCACGCCAUCACCGUUGUCUACACCUCCUGGGGCAGUCUCACCUGCUGGAAAAACAACUUUCGACGCUGCCAAUCUUGCAUAUCGAGUGGCUGCAAGUUCGAAAGACCUUAAGGCCGAGGUUAUUAGUGGAAUCGAAGAAAUCAUCGACGAGCUUGAUCAAGUUGAUGACCAAAUCGCUGCCUACGCGCAAGAACAUAUCCAUUCCAACGAAGUUAUAUUGACACAUUCAUCUUCAGUGAGUGUACAGAAGUUUCUGCUCAAGGCUGCCGAGAAGCGCAAGUUUACUGUGAUUGUCGCGGAAUCAUAUCCCAAUGAUCAUGAGGCAACCCAUGCUGCAGUGACUGGCAAGCUUAAUGGUGGUUUGGAUGGCGAUGAUAUGAGCACGGAAAAGUUUUUGAAGCCAUUGUCUUCUGCGGGGAUAACUGUUAUUCUCAUGACCGAUGCUGCAAUAUUUGCCAUCAUGUCAAGAGUUAACAAGGUCAUUCUUGCAACUCAUGCUGUUAUUGCCAAUGGUGGUUUGAUUGCGGCAGCUGGAGCACGCAUCAUCGCAAAAGCCGCCAAGGUUCACCGAACUCCCGUGAUUGUUGUUAGUGGUGUCUACAAGCUCAGUCCAGAAUAUCCCUUUGAGUUUGAGUCCUUGAUUGAAUAUGGUGACCCCGGAAGCAUUAUUGGGUACCAUGAUGGCGCUUUGGUGGAGAACUUGGAGGUUGACAACCCGGUUUAUGAUUACGUUCCACCGGAACUUGUUGAUCUCUAUAUUACCAAUCUGUAAGUUUGGCAGAUUUCUUUCCAGUUUGCUGUGCUAAUUUCAAUACCUAGGGGUGCUCAUGCUCCGUCAUAUCUUUACAGAAUUGUGGCGGACCAUUACAAGCAGGAAGAUAUCAAUUUUCAUAACCCAGAGUUACUAUUUUGAUGAACCACCGAAAAAUAGGACUCUACCAGCGUCGAGGGAUUCGGGGAUUCGAUUCCGCCAAAAUGCCAUUAUCGAGUCACGUAUGAGCAGUGUGGUUCCCUCGAUAGGUAUCCGAGAAUUACUGGGGUUUCUAAUAAGAUGUGUGGCCAUUAUAUAGAUCUCUCUUUAUCUCUUGAUAUAAGUGGGAAUUCAUGUCGCAUACCGCACCUAUUUUUCAAUCUUCGAGAGACUGGCGAUUUAUAGGUGCAUGUAGACUGGCUUUGGCUAUACUUGUAACCAAUCUCAAUAUAUGCAAGGCUUUCUUGUCUCACGAAAGUCGUCAGGACGAAGAAGAUGCGGAUGGCGAGGUCAUGAAAUGGGA